AUGGAAACGUUAAAACUUGGACCAGAAACUCAAAUGGAACCCCUACAUGUUUUUUCCCACCUUUGCCCAUCUGAAUCUGACCUGCCUGCCCAAGACGUAUGGAUCUGGUUAGCCGCCACGGGACUCAUUGCGCUAUAUGGAACUCUCUUCACCAGAAUACGGACUCACUACAAAGGAGAGGGACACAUUCUACGGCGGUCUUCCAUCGUAAUCCCAGCACCCAGCACACCUUCAACGAUGAGCAGCAUGUCCGGUUCGCUUUCAAACCUGAGCAAAGCCGCCAAGCGCCAAAAAGUUGGAAACAAAGGCCUCCGCGUGGUUGCCCGAACAAUGCUGGUGUAUCCUAUUAGCUUCGUGGCAUAUUCUAUCCCGCUCACAGUCAUCUCACUGAUCGAGAAUUAUCGACGUUCAACAUUAAAUCCGGUCGUCGCUCUCGUGCUCAGUACUCUUUUUGCUCUACGUGGUGCGAUCGAUGUCUUGGCUUUUGGAAUGACGCGAAAUGUAUUCAUCUUGAGGACACCACCGACUCCAGUAUACGAUGAGGAACAAUUAACUCCCACCUCCCCCAACAGCAUCCACAAAACAAGACAAAUUUCGUUAGAUCUUGACAAAAUACAAGAGAUAAAAGAGUCCAGAGACCCAAACCACUCGCAGCGCUCACAUGAAUCAGUUGACGUCAAGUUUUAUCACAGCUAA